GGGCGCAUGCGUCUCCGGAGGCGCUAAGCUUGCGCCCUGGGGCGGUUUCAGUUGGCGGACCUUUGGAGUCUGUCCUGGGGAAGGAAAAAGUAAGGCGUACGAAUACACUGAGACUUCGUCACACACAAGACAAGCACGACAAAGAAAGAGGGCGCGGAGGGACUCUUGAAAAAUAUUGAGUCUACAUUUAAGAUCAGCCUAAAAAUAGUGACGGCCUCUUUAUUACUCUAAAUACCAGAUUUAAGUCGUUAGGACGACUUCGCAUUGACUUGUGGGAAGUGUAGUUUUAAUGCUGCCGGCGCGUUUUGUUUACGACAGAAACUACAACCCCCAGGGGCCACCGCGACGUUGCCUGAGACUGCCCGCGAACCCACGGUUAGCGGUGGCGGGGGCUCAUUGAGAGCGUCGGCUUGAUAAUGGAUUCUAAAUUAAUGCAUAGUAUAGUAGGAAGCUAUCAUAAACCUCCAGAAAGAGUAUUUGUUCCAUCAUUCACCCAGAAUGAAUCAUCUCAGAAUUGCCAUCCUGCAAACUUAGAAGUUACCUCUUCUAAGAUACUUCAUAGCCCAAAUAGCCCAGCUCUUAUUUUAGCCUUAAAAACUCUUCAGGAAAAAAUUCAUCGUUUAGAGCUGGAGAGAACACAGGCUGAAGAUAACCUGAACAUUCUUUCCAAAGAAGCGGCACAGUAUAAGAAGGCCUUGGAGAAUGAAACAAAUGAGAGAAAUCUGGCACACCAGGAGCUGAUAAAGCAGAAAAAAGAUAUAAGUAUACAGUUAAGCUCAGCCCAGUCUCGUUGUACUCUUCUAGAGAAGCAACUAGAAUAUACAAAGAGAAUGGUUCUCAAUGUAGAGCGAGAAAAGAACAUGAUCCUAGAACAACAGGCCCAGCUUCAGAGGGAAAAAGGGCAAGAUGAGAUGAAGCUGUAUGCAAAACUUGAAAAGCUUGAUGUCUUAGAAAAAGAGUGUUUUAGACUUACAGCAACUCAGAAAACUGCUGAGGACAAGAUUAAAUAUUUAGAAGAACGACUUAAGGAAGAAGAACAUCAACGUAAGCUAUUUCAAGACAAAGCUUCUGAGCUUCAAACUGGACUUGAAAUCAGUAAAAUUAUAAUGUCUUCAGUUUCAAAUCUAAAGCACUCCAAGGAAAAGAAGAAAUCUUCAAAGAAAACUAAAUGUGUAAAGAGAGGACCACCUAGGCAAAUUUGUUCAAAGUUUGGAGCACUGCCUUUUGUGGCUGAAAAGAUGAGGCAACAUCGUGGCCCACAUAUCCUUCAGAAAUCUUCUAAUGAGACUGAGCCUAGAUGUCUCCCCAAGUCUUCUAGAACAACUUCCUGGUGUAAGGCUAUUCCUACUGAUUCAGAAAAGUCCAUUUCCAUUUGUGACAAUUUAUCUGAACUUUUGAUGGCAAUGCAAGAUGAGCUGGACCAAAUGAGUAUGGAGCACCAAGAACUACUGAAACAAAUGAAGGAAACUGAAAGCCAUUCAGUGUGUAAUGACAUAGAAUGUGAACUAGAGUGUUUAGUCAAGAAAAUGGAAAUUAAAGGAGAACAAAUCUCCAAACUGAAGAAGCAUCAAGACAGUGUCUGUAAACUGCAGCAAAAAGUUCAAAACUCAAAGAUGAGUAAAGCUUCAGGUAUUCAGCAAGAAGGCAGCGACCUUAAAGGAUCAAGGAACAUAAAAAAUAGCCCCAGAAAAUGCUUGACUGACACUAACCUUUUUCAGAAAAACAGCACCUUUCAUCCAAUACGAGUUCAUAAUCUUCAAGUGAAAUUGAGAAGAGAUGAUAUCAUGUGGGAACAGUAACAAAAUAGCAAAACUGUCACCUUAAAUGAACUUUGUCAAUGAGACCUUGAAUUGUCUAAAGUGGUUUUAAUUUAAUACAACUUUGUGACAUUUGAAUCAUGUUUGAAUCAUGUUUCUAGCUUCUAUAAAACAUGAAGUUGUAGUAUUUUAAAAUUGAUGCCCAAUGACCUACUGCGUUCCAAAUAAUAAAUUAUUGCUUUUUUAUUUUUCUUAUUGAUUGAAGCCCCUAACCUCAUCCUGUCUUAGAAACAUUGUUCAUUUUGCAGAUAUCUUAAGUUAAAUUUAAGAAAUUAUACUAGAUUGACAGUAUUCAAAAUUGAGUUAAAUCUGAGCUACAAGUACCAUUCAUUCCACUUUUCAUUUAAUAGGCUUUUGACCUUAAAAACCAAUGUUAAGUGAACAGAGUUCAGAAAGAUCAUUUAGCUUUCCUGGUGCUUUCUUUCUAUUUUGUUUUAGAGAUGAGUGUGAAAUGUUUUUCUCUUUUGGAAAGGGGAAAGCUGAAGUUACACAGUUUUGUGAAGAAGACUUUAAUCCAAAUUUUUAUGAGACAAUAGGAACCCAUAGCUACUUAAUUUUUAGGAGACAGAAUUCUAUUGCAGAAGCUUUCCUCUCCUAUUCCCAUUCACUUUUACAAAACUAGUUUUUUUAAAAAAAUCAAUGAUCAAUUUUACUACUUUAUAAUUUUUGCUGACUUUUAUUCUUUGCAUUGUAUAUAAUAAGACUGAAUUUCUAGGACCCACAAAAGUGAUAUUUUUUUUAUAAGAAAGUAUAGAGGAAGAGAAAGCUGGGCAUUUAAUUGCCUCAUCCAGCAGAAAUUCAGUAUAGUAUGGUAUAUUUUUAUUUUUUAUAUUUUAAAGUCAGUAAUGUCAAAUGUUUUUUGUGUAUGCAUGCUUUAUAAAAUUUGCACUUGAUUAUUUU